GUAUUGAUUGAUUUUGAUUGAUUGAUUGGCCAAGUAUCAACCAUACUUGGAAUUUUGCUUUGACUACAUUGCAAUGUAAAGAAAAAACGUACCUCAUACAAACACUAUUCCCCUCACAAUACAACAGCACAGCGAAAAGACCCAUUACCACCAACUGGCCUCCCUUCCGCCCACAACUACAGAUUCAACAAUUUGAUGGCAGAAGGAAAAAAGCUAUUCCUGUGCCUAGACAUUUUUGUAAAUAGAGUCCUAUACCGACAUCCAGAUGGGAGUAAAUCAAACAGGUGAUGACCAGGAUGCGAAGGGUCUCACAGCAAUUCUCUCUGCUCUCUUCCUGACUCGAGCGGCAUAAAGUGUCUCUGUUGGAGGCAAACUAACACCAAUUACCCUCUCUGCAGUUCUUACUGCUCGUUGGAGCCUCUUCUUAUCCAGCUUAGAAGCUGUACCAUACCAGACAGUGAUGGAAUUACAGAGAACAGUUUCAAUAGUACUUCUAUAAAAUUGGACCAGCGAUUCUUGGGGCAGAUUAAAUUAAAACUAGAUCUUAAGAUGACCCUGAGGCUGCUUAGCCAGGGGGCAGGACUAUGUGCGUUAACCGCAAGAGGUUUUAUUUUAUAUUUGCAUUCCAGGUGUCCUUUGAGGAGGUGGCUGUGCAUUUCACUGAGGAGGAGUGGGCCCUGCUGGAUCUGGGACAAAGAGCCCUGCACAGGGAAGUCAUGGCGGAGAAUGGCGGGAUCGUGGCCUCUCUGGCCCACACCUGGGAGAAACCAUAUAAAUGCCUGGAGUGCGGAAAAACCUUCAACCACCACAGAAAUCUCACUACCCAUCAUCGAAUGCACACAGGGGAGAAACCCUACAAAUGCUUAGAGUGUGGGAAAGGCUUUUGUGACAAGAGAACCUUAACAGAUCAUCAAAGAAACCACACGGGGGAGAAACCCUAUACCUGCUUGGAGUGCGGGAAAAGAUUUAACUGGAAGAGGAGUUUCACUAUCCAUCAGAGAAAUCACGCGGGCGGGAAACCCUACACAUGCCCAGAUUGUGGAAAAACCUUCACAUGGAAGAAAAGCCUCACUAUACAUCAGAGAUCUCACACGGGGGAGAAGCCCUAUAAAUGCCUGCAGUGCGGGAAAAGCUUCACACAGAAGGGGCACUUUACUGCACAUCAGAGAUCUCACACUGGGGAGAAACCCUGUAAAUGCCUGCAGUGCGGGAAAAGCUUCACGCAGACAGCACACCUCACCACACAUCAGAGAUCCCACACGGGGAUAAAGCCAUAUACCUGUCCGGAGUGCGGGAAAAGCUUCAGUGCGAAGGCAACUCUCCGUUCCCAUCAAAGAUCCCACACGGGAGAGAAGCCCUAUAAGUGCCCAGAGUGCAGGAAAAGCUUCAGCGUCCUCUCGAACCUUCGAAGGCACGAAAGGAUGCAUUGCGGGGAGGAGCCAUACAAAUGUUUCGAGUGCGGGAAAAGCUUCGGCGACGGGGCGAGUCUGGCUGACCAUCGGGGACGUCACACGGGGGAGAAACCGUAUCCGUGCCCAGAGUGCGGGAAAAGCUUCACGCAGAAGAAAAGUCUCGCUGUGCAUCAAAUGGGUCACACAGGAGAAAAGCCAUACAAAUGCCUGCAAUGUGAGAAAAGCUACAAUUACAGGAAAAACCUCACUGACCACCAGCGACGUCAUACGGGAGAAUAACAGGAACACAUGGAGCUCAUGGGGGAAAUUUUGUAGUCCAAAGGCAAGCCUCACUGCACAUCAGAGAACCCACACAGUGUGGCUUAGGAGUCAACUCCUAGGGGCUGAGGUCCCUUUGCCCCCUAUUAAAAUAUUUGAGGAGGCUGCCCCCCCCCAGUUGAUGGACAUUACCAUUCAAAUAUGUCUUGUAAUCAAUUAUGUGGGGCAGAGCUUACCUGGGCCCCCUGAAGAUUUUAUUUGAGUUGGCAACCCUGCAGUGUGGAAACCUUCAAAGGCCAAAAGCGUAGAAUGAAUUUCAGGCCUCCCCAAAAUCCUUGGCUCGGUUUCUGAAUGGCUGACUGUGGAUGUACUGAAUCUUAGUCCAGAUAUCUAGAAUGUUGAAGUGUGUGUUUUCAUGGUUUUUUUUAGUUUAUCACUAAUUUUAAUUAUUUUAACAUUUGUUUCAAAGGGGUUUUUUUAAACCGCUUUUCUCAAUACAGUCGUAGCUCGGAAGUCGAAUGGAAUCUGUUCCAGAUGUCCGUUCCACUUCCAAAACAUUUGGGAACUAAGGCAUGGCUUCUGAUUGGCUGCAGGAAGCUCCUGAAGCCAAUCGGAAGCCAUGGAAGUCCUGUCAGAUGUUCAGGUUUCAAAGAACGUUCACAAACCGGAACAAUAACUUCCAGGUUUGUGGCGAUCGGGAGCCAAAACAUUCGUCUCGCAAGGUGUUCGGGAUCCAAGGUAUGACUGUAAUGGUAUAGCUUCAUUCUUUUCUCUCUCUAUAUAUUUUUAUUAAAUUUUCUGUUUUACAAAUUAAAAUACUCAUUUAAACAUCCUUAAAGUAUCAAUGACUUCCCUUCCUCUCUUUCCAUGGUUCAUUUUGCCUAUCAUAAAUCCCUGCAUAUUUUACAUAAACUAAACCAUUCAGUAUUCCAUUAUUACAUCCAUCAAAACUUAUUUACUCUGUUGAAUUUAUCUUAAUGCUGCUUAAUGUUUUCAAGUAUACGCAAUUCCCUCCCAAAAAAAUAUUCAAUAAACAUUUUCCAAUCUUCUCUAAACGUAUGUUCUUCUUGUUCUCUUAUUCUAUAUGUUAAGUCUGCAAGAUGCACAUAUUCUUUCAGCUUAAGUUGCCACUCUUCUUUGGCUGGGACCUCGCUUGUUUUCCAUUUUUCGGCUAACAAAACACGGGUCGCAGUAGUAGCAUACAUCAGUGCUCUCCAACCUUUUUAUCGCCGCGGACCAGUCAACGUUUGAUCAUUUUACUGCGGCCCGCUGAGGGGGGGACGUUGAUUGUUUCACGGCCCGCUGAGGGGGGGACGUUGAUUGUUUCUAUUUUAUUUAGAUUGUUUUGAUUUAAUAAUUUUAAUUUAAUUGUAUUUAAUGACCCGGUACCGGUCCAUGGCCCAGGGGUUGAGGACCACUGGAUACAUGAACAACCUUUUUUGACA